AUGGCGGACGACAACACUGGUGAUGUAGUCUGCGGCAGAGAUGAGGCAGCCUCGGUCGCAUCUACUGUCAGCUGGAACACUUUUCUAUCGCGGACAAAUAUAUCCAGCUUGGACUGCGCCUUGUUUUCUGAGCAGGAAAUAUCAUCUCUUCAUGGCCUCGAUGAUGUUAUCCGAGCGGUUACUUCCCUGGGUCUUCGUCGGUAUCGCUAUGAAGAGAUUGCUAGGGAGGAGAAGGUGGGCGAGGGGGAGACCUAUCUCGUCGAACGCUGUGUUGUGGCAAAUCAAGUUCUCGCCGUCAAGCACCUUAAGACGAACCGCCAAUUAGACGAUCAGACAUCUCACCGACGGCUCAGAGCGGUAAUUCUGGAGCUUCAGAUCUUGAGACACCGACCUCUGCGGAACCAUCCCAACUUUCCUUUUGCCUUCGGAUACGGCUGGAACAUGAAUGGCGGCCAGGUUAUACCUUACCUCCUCGUUCAAUAUGCACCAAAAGGAACGCUACGGCAAUAUGUAAAAUCCAUGUCGUCGUCAAUCCCUCUUCGAGAUUUGCAGAUUCUUGCCGGCGAUGUGGCCUCGGCUCUAUCUGCUCUUCACACAUGCGGUAUUGUUCAUGGUGAUGUGAAGCUCGACAAUGUCCUUGUCGUUCACUCCUGGGAUCGGCCUGCUCAGGCUCUUGCAAAACUUACCGACUUUGGUCAUGCGCUGGUUAUAGACAACAAAUCCAGCAAGCAUGAUGGCAUAAUGAGAUACAAUGCGCCAGAGGUUCACGACCAGGAUACAUUUCCUAUUGACCGAGCCGCUAUGCCACAGUGCGACGUCUGGGCGUUUGGCCUAUUGGUCUGGGAGCUCUGCCUCCUAGGAGAAGAUCAUCUCUCCUAUAGCAUGAGGAAAUGGCCAGAGGUGGAAGCGCAAAUGACGAUGCAGAGAUUAAAUCCGGCGGACGCGAGGCGAUAUGCUAUGGCAUCGGUGCCUAGACGGGUAGAGUAUGUGUUUAUCCGUGCAACCUUGCAUUACACACUCCAAGAAGACCCUACGAAGCGGAUGGCGCAUCUAGAUGCCCUCCCAUUACUUACAGAAUGGAAUGAUGCUAGCAUUAGUGGUCUCGAGUCAGAGCUCGCAUUUCACCUCGAUAGCCCGUCUCCUACAUAUGAAAUGUUUCGGCCCGAAAAUGGCCGUGAGAUUCCCUGGAAACAUGAGGAGCAGAUAUUCCAGGCUCUCGAACGCACAUACUCUAAAAGGCAUGCGAAAGACAAAGCUUUGAUGUCAUGGCAGCUUGCUCUCUGCCACCAUGUCGGCUUUGGUACGCCACGGAAUCCGGCAUCCGCUUGCCAAUAUGCCAAAAUAGCCCAAGACCAAGGACACCCGGUUGCGGUAGCUUUUGCUACGCUACUGGAUCUGGACUCUACGGGGCUGUCAGAACCCUACGUGACAAAGAUCUCGAGACUUCUUCGGUCAACUAUCCCACCUUAUAGUCUACCCCCUGUGAUACAGGCUUGCAUUGACGGUGACUCGGAGAUGCUCAAAAAUCUCCUCUCUCGACAGGAAGAUCCAAACUCCUCGACCAUCGAUGGGUGCACAAUGUUCCAUUGGUUCUUCAUGCUAAAGGACCCAGAAGCCAUGGCGAAGAGCUUGAGGUCUAUGUUUGCGGGACAAGCCCCUCUUCACUCAGACUUACCAUCCUCAUGCCUAAGGAAGGCUCACGAUCAAUGGCCCCUACAGUUACUUGGGACCCCAUUAGGGGCGGCAAUCUCAGUCAACAGUCUACCUGCAGUUAAGGCUUUGAUAACCCUUGGUGCAAAUCCUUUAUCCUACGUUUACCGCAAAGAGGACUUUCCGGUUGGGGAUCUGAGAGUACAAUGGACAGCACUUCAUAUGGCAGCCAAAUACCACUGCAGCGAGAUCCUUCAUUAUCUAAUGUCAUUAAUGCCGAAUACUUCCUUGCUAGCCCUCUCCCCUCUAGCAUGUGCUCUGCCUUUCUCGACAUCACUAGAGCGACUUGCUAUGCAUGGCGCUCAGCGACAAGUGGAGCUCGACAAAACUGUUGCCAUCAUUCACAAGGUCCAGAGUCUCCAGACGGCUCUUCUGAGCGGCAUGACAGCAUUCACACAGGCCAUUGACUUCCAGGAUUAUGACGUGGUCGCUGCGCUUUUGCGUGCUGAGCCCAAGCUUGCGUCACGUCAACUGGCCUCAGUGGAGGACCCAACCGUGUUCAAUCUUCCGAUCCAUCUAGCAGCGCAGCUCGCGGCCAGACGAGACGUUCCUGAAGCCUUGUCUAUAUUGCAACUAAUCAACGACCACACCGAAGAUCUCAAUCCCGAAACAAAACCAUCUCGCGAUUAUCUCGGCAUGACUCCACUUCAUCUCGCCGUCACAGGCCCUUCUAACCGCGCGGCUAACUGGAUAUUGGAACAACGGAUUGGUUUGCUCGAAGUUGAGGACAUUCUGGGGAGGACUGCGUUGCAUUGCUGCGCAUCUGAGGCCAAUCUUGAACUUCUUCUCAGCAGAGGCAGCACCGUCAUGCAUACUGAUAAGUAUGGCAUGAACACUCUCCACAGGGCAUGCCUGCGAGGAGAGCUGGAGCUUGUCCGGGGUCUUCUGAAACACAAACAGCCUCUAGAUUUGAAGAACAACAAGUACGGUACGCCCCUUCACUGCGCUGUAAUCAAUGGGUCUAUUGACGUGGUCGUGGAACUGCUGGAAGCCGGUGCGCCAGUCAACGCGCAAGACAGUAAAGGAAACACCCCGGUUCAUGUUGCUGUUCGUAUGGGAAGAUAUACAAUCCUGAGGAAUUUGCUCAAAAGAGGAGGCAACCGCUUCAUCCAAAAUUUCAACGGAAGGAAUCCGGAAAACCUGGCUUCUAUUAUCGGGGCCCCUCAAGGAGCCGCCGCACUCAGAAUCCUACAGGGCGGCCAAAAACCGAAUUCAGCAGAUUACCUGUUCUCAGAGUCAGCUAAUUUUGAGUUUCUUCCACAUUGGUCGCAUACAGAUGAGGCUCUACCUCCAAAGGUUUCUUGCGACACCAAUAAUAUCGCCCUCGUGGAGCUCUCUGAGAGAAACGCUUCAAGUCUAGAUGAGGCUCCGCUGCCAGAUUUUCCCUGGGAAACCAAUGAUAUCGCUCAGCGAGAGCUCUCAGAAAGCCAUAUUUUAGGUCCAAGUAAGGCUCCGCCUCCAGGUUAUACCUGGGAUAUCGAUGAUUCCACUCAUGAGAGGCUCGCGGAAAGUAGUGUUUCAAGUUUGGAAGAGACUCUGUCUCCGGAUCUUGCCCGGAAAACCGACGAUGUCGCCUACGAGGAGCCCCUUGAAAUCAAUAUAUCAUGCCUGGAUGGGGUUCCGCCUCCGGACUUUGCCUGGGACACUAACGAUGUUGCUUGCGAGACGCUACCUGAAAGUAGUACUUCAAAUCUGGAUGAGAUUAGCACAAUGAGGGAUGAAGAGCUGCCUACAUUUCCCGAUGGCAGGAAGGGGAAGAAGAAGCUUCUUGAAAAGCUUACGAAUGCUAUAGUCGAGGAUAUGGAUUACUUCAAAAGGGGAUCGGCCAAGAGCCUUGAUCCCAUCAGAUUGCAUGCUCAGAUCAUCCCUUAUCUUGACGACUCCAUCUGGCAAGAUAACAAACUGUCUGCUGUUCCUGUUGGAAGAAUUCUGGCCAAAACUGUUCUUGGCAUUAGUAGGGCUAUAGGAAGGAAAUUACCCGAUUUGGUCAAAAUAGAAAGGGACCGUGUUGUGGGUAUGGGCAUAGAUAUGGAUGAUUCUAUCGAUAUUGAGAUGCAACAUGAACAGCCAAUCUCCUCUCCUUCACCUUGGAAAGCCUUUUUCAAAGAUGAGUUGAAGAAAUGGCGUCCUUUUGCUAGGUGGCCAAGGACCCAUUUGCCCCCGAAAAGUAUUGAUAUGGACGAAGUUACGGAAAUUUUCAACGACGAACAGCAGCCGACGACCUCCCCUUCAACUUGGGAAAGUGAACAAGACUUACUAACAAAGCCUGAACCAAAUGUCAUCGACUGGAUACUCGAGAUUGUUGAAAAAACAAAGCCCAGCUGGGCAAUGCCAGGCAGGUCACGACGGCAUUUAGAAAAUAUGAUUACCUGCGAAGUGGCCCGGAUUCUAAUGACAAGCGACACGAGCGCCCUCGGCGAUCCCCUAAGCAAGGCUCCUAUACCAAAGGCCCAUCCGAUUUUGGAAGAUUCUUCUACUUCAGAGGACCGACGGACUAAGCUGCAGCAAAAUAAGUGGCGUUAUGAGCGGGAAGUAAACCAACUUGAUGGUAGAGUUGACUAUAGACGUGAGGAUGAGUAUCUAUAUUUAGAAUACCAUAUUUAG